AUGGACAUAACAGUCGAUAAAUCAAUAUUUUCAAUUCCUAAAAUCACAACUACAUAUAAUUUCGGUUUUGAAAAAAAUGGGAUUCGUCUUCAUCGUGCUUGGAAAGUUGACGAAGGAAAAUUCAUUCGAUACAAAGAUUUAAAUCGUGUAUCAAAAAUUAGUCACGUGGAGCUCGUAUCUCCAAAUUAUAGUGCACUAAAAAUGUUUGAUAAUUCAACUAUAAUAAAUUCAAGUUCAAACUCACAAUCUGAUUAUGAUACAGAACAAGAUAGUGGUUUUAGUGAUAAUGAUAAUGAACAAAAUACCGAAGAGGUGGAGAAGAACGAGGAGGAAGAACUUUUGCAAUCGACUAAAACAGCAUUUCGCGGGAUCAAAAAUGUUUGA